AUGACCAAGAAGAUGUCUCGACGCCAGUCCAAUCGCCACCACCCUUACCAAUCUAAAUCGAGCACAUCGUCCUCGGCCCCUUCCUCACCCGUCUCUCCCACGCUGUCCGACGUGCCCUCCUGCUGGUCAGGCACAACCCUCGCCCCAGACACCGAUGGCGAGGAGGACCCCCAACAGCACUGGGGAGACGAAUUCCACUAUCCUACGCAGCAGCAGCGGUACUACGGGCGGCCCGGCCGCUCGCCCGCCUUCGCCGCCAAGCUCCGCCAGAUGGCCGGCGCCCUGAUGCCCCUCGUGCAGGUCACGACGGGCCUCGUGUGCCCCGAGUUCCCCCGGACGCUGCUGCACUACUGGCUGCUCACGGGGCCGCAGCUCGACGAGCUCGCGCGCUUCUACCACCAGAGCGGCGAGCGCGGCCGCCGGUCCGACAUGGCGGCGCUGUAUCCCUGCCCCGUGGCGUGGGCGGCGGACCUACCGCUCGAGGAGAAGAGGCGGCGCAUGGGCUACUUUAUCGGGCUCAAGGUCGAUCGGCGGCCGUACGUCGGGUCGCCUCGUUGGCAGCGGCAGGAGGAGGAGUGGGAGGAGGUUGGGAAGGAAGGAGACGGGGGUGAGUUCAUGGAUGUAGACCCCCGCGUGCCGACGGAGGACGAGAUCCUGGAGAAUGUCAGGAGGGCUCGGUUGGCCGAGGAGGCGAGCGAGGAGGCGCUGAGGAGGAAACUGGGGUAUUAUUCUUGA